AGAUAAAGAAAGGCAGACUGCUCAUUGAAAUGUCUGAAGAAAUAUGGCAGAGGCUUCGUCGGGCACCCCAAGUUGCUGGCGGAUUACUUUGCAACUCCAGAGCUCAGUCAUUGGUGGACGGCCACACGUGACACGGGGCACCCUUCUGGCUGCAACAGCCCGAGUGCCCACUGGAGCCUACAGUUCACUGUCAUGCCAAGGGCAAGCUGGACAGGAGCAGGAGCUGCAGUCUACUCACCAUCUGCCACUCAGGGGGGAUUUUCCCCUGGAUGAUGCCACGGACAACCGCCUCGGAACAACCUGUGAGAAGUGGUGUUGCAACUACAGCCUCGGGCAGAGGGACCUGCCCUCCGCGGACUGUCCGACAUCGUCCCUGUUUAGUUCUUUUAGAGACAGCAGCACAUCCCAGUUUUCCCAGCCCUCAGAGCUGCCCUAUUUAGACUGCAUGUUUAGAUCUGCUGCAAACGGUCCACAGCCUUCCUGCACCAGCGUUGAUGGUCAUCAGUGUGCCGGCAUUUCAAACUGGCCCUGA